CAUCCGCCAAAAAGUUCCUGUCGCCUUCCGCACGAGAAGCGCAGAUGUCUGCCGUCGCCGACGAUGGGAUUCGCCGCCGAGUUAUGGUCGCCCGCUGCCUGCCGGCCCCCUCCAAGAGAUAUUGACAACUCGCGUUUCUUUGCGACUUCCUCCUCCUCCUCCUCCUCCUCCUCAUUUAGCGUGCUCCGCUCGCUCCGGCUCCAAAAGUCGAGCCUUUUUCUCUGAUGGUCAGAGGCCCGAGUGGGGUUUCCGUGGAGCAAUCGGGGAUCGGCUGAUGGGUUGGAGCUCUUUCCUGGGAGUCCGGAUCUAAUUUCGGUGCAGCAAGAAGCCAAGAACAUAUUUUGGGGGAAUCAGGAUGCUGUUUGUGUUCGUUCUGUUCCGCCUCAGCACUAUUGUACAUAUUACCGCCACGUCGCCGGCUAGAGAAAGUUUUGGUCUCUUCCGGAGGGUGUAGAUUUUACGGGUUUUGGUUUCUAUGCUUCGUGCUUGGCAAUCGUCUUUUUUUUUUCAAGGGGAUUGGAAGGUUCGCUUUUUUAUUUUUCUCACUCUCUCUACUUUUGUUUCUUGGUUGGGUGUCUAUCUCGUCAGUUUGGAGUUUGCGAUAGAUCUUGACUGACCAAAAAGAAAAAGGAGUGGAAUUUCGGAGGGAAGGGGAACUGCUAGAAUUUUCAGUUUAUGGGAGUUGCUAAUUACCCGAUUCUUGAUCUGUUACAAAAGGUCAGAUCUUGGGCAAGCAUUAUUCCUGACAUGUUCUCGGAAUCCUUGAUGUCGUCCGCCGGUGAUCGUUCCAUGUGCAGCGAGUCUAGAGAGUGUUUGGGUUCGCCCGGGUUUGGCUUCCGAUGCCGGGGCUGUGGCCUGUUGCUUUGCCGGAAGUGUGUGCUUGCUGUUGCCACGGCCUCCUAUCGAACUGAACAGCAGCCGGUUCUUUGUAACUUAUGCUUUCACGUUGACAAUGGAUCCUGGGAAGCAGCACAAUCGCAUGGCACCCCGGGUCCUUUUAUAUCUCCUAAGUCGCCCUUGUCCAGAUCUAGCACUGACAGGCUCAGCCAUUUGGUAGAGCUGCAACAGUUAUCUUGUUCGUGCCAACUUCAUUGCUCCACGUACAGAGGUUAUAAAGACGACCAGGGUGAUGGCUACGGGAAACAAUUUUCCACGCCAAUGAGUGCAUUCUCUCAAGAGUCUUCCGACAUAGAUUCUAUGAGUAUCAUUGCUGGAAAUGAGUUGUACAGCCUCAGGUCAGCAAAUUCAAGUCCUUUUCACAGUCCAUGUUUGUCCAUUGAGCAGGAGCUUGCUAGCCCUCUCCUGCAACAGACUCUCCUGUUUAGUCAAGAUUCUCCAGAUCACCAGUACAUCAAACACAGAGCAGACUCUGAGGAUUUAUUGGAAAAUACCAGUGAUUCAAUUUCUGAGAAUGGAAUGAUAUAUCAUGAUCAAAAUAGUCAAAAGGCUACAGAACAUUGUGAUUUUGAGAAUGAUCGUGUCUUUUACCCUCCUAUCCCUGCUGAUGAGCAGGAUGAUAAUGAAACUAACUUCUUUGGAUAUAUUGAUGAGGAUGAUGAUGAAUCAUCCAGGCUCCUUAAAACUAUUAGCUUCAGUAGUAAUCACCUCGACACUAGAGAGAAGGCUAAUGAGUCUCACAAGGAGGCUUUGAAGAGUGUCGUUCAUGCACAUUUUAGAGCUCUCGUAUCACAGUUAUUGAAGGGAGAAGGUGUUUGUGCUGGAAGUGAUCAGAAGGGACAGAGCUGGUUGGAGGUAAUAUCCUCAUUGGCAUGGCAAGCUGCUAAUUUCAUCAAACCAGACACUAGCCAUGGUGGUAGCAUGGAUCCAGGUGAUUAUGUUAAAGUCAAGUGUAUCGCAUCAGGAAGUCCAAGUGAUAGUACCUUAGUUAAGGGAGUGGUUUGUACAAAGAAUGUAAAGCACAAACGUAUGAUUUCACUGCAUAGAAACCCUAGGUUACUUCUUUUGGGAGGUGCACUGGAGUAUCAAAAGGCGCCAAAUGAGUUGGCCUCAAUUGUGUCUGUUCUUGAGAAGGAAACCAAUUACAUGAACACAAUGCUUUCUAAGAUAGAGGCACUUCAUCCCAAUGUGCUUCUUGUUGAGAAAAAUGCUUCCUCAUAUACUCAAGAAUAUCUUUUUGAAAGAAAAGAGGUAUCUUUAGUGCUAAACGUCAAGAAACCAUUAUUAGAGAGGAUAUCACGGUGUACAGGUGCUCAAAUUGUUCCGUCUAUAGAUGGUGUUUCUUCAGCAAGGUUAGGGCAUUGUGAAAUGUUUCGGAUAGAAAAGGUGUAUGAAGAGUUCUCAUCUGAAAAGAAGCCUAGCAAAACAUUGAUGUUUUUUGAAGGUUGUCCAUCGCGUUUAGGGUGCACGGUUCUUUUGAGGGGUGCAUGCCUUGAAGAAUUGAAGAAGCUAAAGCAUGUUAUCCAGUAUGCAAGCUUUGCAGCUUAUCAUCUAUCAUUAGAGAGAUCAUUCCUAGUAGACGAGGGUGCUUCCCUGCCUAAAUUUCCUAUAGUGCCAAUUGAGUUGCCUAAGAAACUUACUGAGGCUGAUCAAUUUCACUCGACAGUUUCCAGUGUGACUGCUUCUGACGAAACUGUCAGUAAUAAUCAUCAAAAUGAUAGGUCAUGCACCAAAGUUGGCAUAGAGAGUGUGUCUUCAUCUUCGGAUGUCAUCCAUUCAAACAAAGAAAUAGUUGAGCAUAUUUCAGAUCCACAAAAUUCUAAUUCCUUGUUUGAGUUAACUAACAUUCCUGACAUGAAUGGUUUCUCUAAUCCACAUCCUGAGCAAAAUGGUACCUUUUUCAGAUCCUCUCCCCAUGUUUGCCUUUGUGGGUCAAGUGGGACAAAAACUUGUUUCUCUUGCAAGGAACCUACUUAUAUUUCACUUUUAUUUACCAAUGCUAGCAAUCACCAAGGUGUGAUACCUGAACAAUCAGUUAAAGGAAGAAGUUACCUUUCUAAUGAUUGGCUUCUUAUUAACCACCAUAGCAUAUUGGUUUCCUUAUCAAGCACUUGUAUAAAAAAAAGCCGAGUUUGUGAGCGAUUCCAUCUUUUCCGAAUCAAGUUUUAUGGUAGUUUUGAUAAGCCACUUGGUAGAUAUCUCCGUGAUGAUUUGUUUGAUGAGACAUAUUGUUGUCCGUCUUGUAAAGAGCCAACAGAAGCCCACGUUCGGUGUUAUACUCACCCACAUGGCAGCCUUACUAUCAUGGUCAGACGACUUCCUUCUGUAAAAUUACCUGGUGAACAUAAUGGAAGGAUAUGGAUGUGGCACAGAUGCCUUAAGUGCAAAAGAGAUGAGGAUGGAGUUCCACCAGCUGCGAAGAGAGUCAUCAUGUCAGAUGCUGCACGGGGGCUCUCUUUUGGGAAAUUCUUGGAACUUAGCUUCUCAAGCCAUGCAACUGCUAACCGUAUUGCAAGUUGUGGUCACUCACUUCAAAGAGAUUGCCUUCGUUUUUAUGGGUUUGGCAACAUGGUUGCCUUCUUUCAUUAUUCCCCUGUAGAUAUCUUAUCUGUUUGCUUACCACCAUCAGUUCUGGAUUUCAACUGCCAUGUUAAGCAGAUAUGGUUGAAAGACGAGGCACUUUUGUUAUCUAGUAAAAUAAAAAUUUUGCAUGAUAAGAUAUCUGAUGUGCUUCAUACAAUUGAGAGGAAGAUCACAAUAUCUGAGAAUGAACCCUUGAAAGCAAGCAUUCAGAGACAUAUUAACAAGUUGAAGAAUUUAAUUAAUGAAGACAGAUAUGACUAUGAUGUCAUGCUUCAACAAGUUGCAUUUGGAAAUAAACCCCUUCAGGAAACAUUUGACAUCUUAGAGCUUAAUAGGUUGAGACGUGCACUUCUACUUGAUUCAUACAGAUGGGAUCGUAAACUCUAUUUACUGGAUUUGUUGUCCAAGGAGAAAAAUUGUACUUUGACUGGUUCACAAUUUGCAAACUUUUCCUCUAUAAGCGAUCUGAGUGAUUUGAGGGAAGAAAUAUCUUGGAAGAAUGAAUCAUUUAGUAACUCACCUGGAGAAGCUGUUGCGAAGUCAUCCUUUUCAGGUACUGUUGAAAAGUCAAGUUUUCAGAAGAAGAAGAAUGAGGAUCUUAGCUUGGAGGUUUUAGACUGUAAUACAAACAACAUUGUUGAAAUGGACUUGUCCAUUGAAUCCAUAGAGGGUUAUGUAGGUUCAUCAGGUUUUAACUUUGUCUCUAGUCAAUUUGAAUAUGAGACACCAGUGUUUAGUGACAGUGGAAGUACAGUUUUAGAGAAUUCAACUUUACCCACAUCUACCCUAUCAGUUAAAAUUGAUUUGGUAGAUCAACCCAAAGGUGGUUCAGAAGUUGAUAAAAGUGUUCUUUUAAAGGAUACUCCAUCCUACAGGAGGGUUAAUUCCCCAUUAAGAGUCCAUUCAUUUGAUUCUUCUUUAAGGUUUCGUAAGAGAGUAAUUGGCGAUUUCUUUCCUGCUUCUUUGCAUUCAAGUUCAAUGAAAUCCUAUGAUUCCUCUGGAGUUCUUCCAAGCAUGACACGUGAUUCACUUAUAAGAGUGAGAAGAGCCUACUCACAAAGUUCUCCGGUUCCGAGAUUGGAUAAUCUUCUUACUCACACGCUUAUACAUAUUACAUCAAUUAUGGAUAAGAUGGCUGCAGGAGCACGUUUACUUUUACCACAAAGUGUUCUUGACAAUAUUGUUAUUGCAGUCUAUGAUGAUGAACCCUCCAGUAUCAUAUCCUAUGCUAUGACCACCCAACAAUAUCGUGACUAUAUAACAUCUUGUUUGGAUAAGAUCGAGGACUUCAGUAUGAGGAAAACUAGUAGUUUUGGUAACCAUGGCAGCAACUAUGCAGAUGGAACAAGUUUAGUAUCUCAUCAUUCUGAUGGACCUGAAGAGCCUCAAGUUUCUCAGGUAUUAGAUUCUAAGGAAACACAUUUCAGAAUUUCUUUUGAUGAUGAAUAUUCCAUACCUUCAAACAAAGCAAACUUUUCUGUUACAUGUUACUUCACAAAACAGUUUCAUGCAUUGAGGAAGUUAUGUUGCCCAAGUGAAUUGGAUUACAUACGCUCCUUAAGCCGCUGCAAGAGGUGGAGUGCACAAGGUGGUAAAAGCAAUGUUUAUUUUGCCAAGUCACUAGAUGAGAGAUUGAUCAUAAAGCAAAUCACAAAAACAGAGUUGGAAUCUUUUGAAGAUUUUGCUUCACAAUAUUUCAAAUAUUUAACUCAAUCUAUAACUACUGGUAUCCCAACCAGCCUUGCUAAAGUCCUUGGUAUUUAUCAGGUUUCUGUUAAGCACUUCAAAGGUGGAAGGGAAAUGAAAAUUGAUGUCAUGGUAAUGGAGAAUCUGUUCUUUAAUAGGAGUGUUUCAAGAAUUUAUGAUCUCAAAGGAUCAGUCCGCUCUCGUUACAACCCUGAUACCUCAGGAAACAAUACAGUUCUACUAGAUUUGAAUCUAUUAGAGGCAAAACCAAUAUUUAUAGGAAGCAAAGCAAAAAGAAAAUUGGAACGUGCAGUCUGGAAUGAUACCUCUUUCUUGGCAGCUAUCGAUGUCAUGGAUUAUUCCUUGCUUGCUGGCAUUGAUGAGACAAAGAAGGAGCUUGUUAUAGGAAUAAUAGACUACAUGCGGCAAUAUACAUGGGACAAGCAGCUCGAAACAUGGGUGAAGGCCUCAGGAAUCCUCGGCAGCCUGAAAAAUGCACCUCCGACUGUUAUAUCGCCGUUGCAGUACAAGAAAAGAUUCAGAAAAGCCAUGUCGAAUUACUUCCUUACAGUCCCUGACCAGUAGUCGCCUUGAGUCCUCUCUGUCGUCCCACUGAACAAGAGUUGAAUGUGCCAACAAAGGUUGCUCAAGAAAGAUGAGAAUAGAUGUCUGUUUUAUGCUGUAUAUUCCGGUCGGUUCAUCGAUUGCCCCUACCUACUUGUACCGUUCUUUCGAAUCAUACAGA